UUCUCGAGCCGUAGAGGGCACUUUCAAGAUGGCAGCCUACUAUGCAGGGUUGCAUAAGAGGCUGAAGGACAACUCGGUACCCAUCGCUGACCGGGUCAAGCUGGCAAGAUUUGGCUGGGUUUCUAACCACUGCUUUCUACCCAACAAGCAUCAAGUCUUACUGGAUUGGGUUUCCUUUAGGCUAGUUAACAGCGAGAAAGAUGGUACCUCUGACGCUGAUGAGCAGUCAUUAUGGCUCUUCCUCCAUGAUGCCCUCAAGAGUCAAGAAAUGGCAUCGAUCCAACGAGAAGGCAAACCGAUAUGUCUUCGUGGGAACCUUUGCUCUGCCCUGCUAUCCACUCUGUUGAAAGAUGAUGUUUCUGACAUUGUGAUUGGCUGCUGUGAUAUGAUACUGACCAAUGGAAAGCUUCGCUUUGUACAGAACACCAAGUUUGAAUCCUUGAUUGCUAUGACAGUUGCUUUGAUUGAGAUGGCAAGCAAACAGCUGGAGGAGAACGUUUGUCUAGAUGAGCACGGCCAGAUUUUACGGGUCAUGGGCAAGGCCUUGGCAAAAUCUGCAAACUUCCUUCAACAGCAGCAGAAUGGCAAGAAGGCCUAUGGUCUCACAAGUGAACAUCUGAUCCUCCCAUGCCUGAACCUGUAUUCAAUACUCUCAUCUCGUCGCCAUGGCAACAACGAGUUGUGCGUAGCCAGCUUGAAUGCACUGACUAGUUCCGUUCGAAGCCUCCUUUUCAGUCGGAACAUGGCUGAGGCGUAUAAGAUGUACCUGAUGGCAGAAGAGGGCGACAAACAAAAGAAAGAUGGCAGAGUGCGGGCAGAUGUAGUGGAUAAGUUCAUGGACUUUUUACAAUCUAAGUCCGGAGAAGCUAACACUGCCUGUGGGCUCCCCGUGAUCUACUCUGCCUUCCUCACUAGUUUCAAGCCUAGCCCCGAUCUGACAUUUGCAAUGCUGCAAAAGAUGUGCAGUCUGAUGGAUUUCAAGACCAACGAUCAACCCUCCGGUAGCUAUGAUGAUGCAUCUUGGGAUCGGAAGCUCUGUACGAUGGAAGCACUCCUCAAAUUGGCCACUUCUCACAAGUGCUAUGCUGUAGUGGAGGAGGAAACGGAGAGGACCAAGAAAAUGGAAUGGUUCAAAGAGAUUGUCUCCCAUCUCAUGGCUAAUAAAAGGCUCCACCCUUCUUGGUAUGGCUGCUUGGACAUUAUCUUCUCAUUGGAUCACAACAUCUUAGCAACCAGGAUGCAGGAGGUAUGGCCUUGUCUCCUAGCGACCAAUGUCAACGAUGCUUCCAUGGCAAUACCAAUCCAAGAGCAAGAUGCUGCUGCCAAAGUGGGAGAGUCAAGAGAUGCGUUCUUGAGGUCCGUGAUGGAAACAUACACCAAACUGAGACAGAUUGAUAGACUGACCAAAGUUCUGCUGUCAUCCAUUCUAACAAAGAAGGAGUUUUCAUCUUCGAUUCAGCUGCCAGCAAGCUUCCUCACAAGCUUUGGGGCAGCAGUGGAGUCGCUCACACCAGGCUCAACCGUUGCACUAUGGGACAUUAUCUUGAGUGACAUCAUGACCAAUCACCUACCAGCCGUUUUGCACCACGUGUCUCAGUCUUCAGUCGACCCGCCACCAGCUAAGAAGAAAAGGAAAGAGAACAAACAGGUGGCUGGAAUAAACGGUGACGCCGUCACCCGAUUCGAAGCAGCUGCAACGGUGCUCCACACAUUUCUCAUGAAUUCCAAGAUGGCGGAUGCUGCAGAGGUCGGGCAGGUCAAAGGUCAAGUGAUGAAGCUCUUUGACAUGAUGGCAGAUGAUGUGCUGAAGCCUCUUCUUGCAAUCUUUUCACAUGAAAACCAGAGCCUUGCAUUCUCAACUCUUCUACUCUGCUAUGGGUGGGGUGAGCUGCAUCUAAUGCUGAGACAGCACACAAACCUUAUGGAGAGAGUGUCCCUCCCAACAUUAAACACCCCUAUGAAGAAUGGAGAUGUCCAUUACCUGCACACGUAUUCCCAUGCUUCUGAUUGGCUGAGAGUUAUGUCCCCUUCAGAUGCAGAAGGAAAUGAAAAGUUGUGUUUCCUGAAACAUCAGUUGCUAUGGCAACAAGCUAGAGGACUGGUUCUCCUUGGCAAUCUGGAGGAAUCAUCUGUGAAGGAGAGUCUGACAAGCUGCAUCUCUCAAGCCCUGGAGUUGAGUGUGGAACGGUCGGAGUGGAACUCUGCCAGAUGGGAUGGCUUGAUUGGUCAUGUGACACGUAGCAACAUCUACACAGCUCUUCUGACUAGUCUCCUCCGCCAGUCUCUAACUCUGUUUACAUUCAUGGAUGAAAGCAUGCACUCAUCUGUGGCUAGUCUUGUGUGCCAUGCUGUUUGUGGGUCCAUGCACUCAGAGGAUAAUGCCAAUGAACACAGUGCCUGUACUGUUAGGAAUGCAGCUCUGGGUUUCUUGGAUUCAGAAGCUUGCAGGGAGUCUAGAUCAAUGCAGAAUGCUGUAGUGAACGCCGUAGCAGACCAGCUAAAUGAACUGAACAAAUCAUUAGAAGUAGCUAAUGCGAGUAGUAGCAAGAAGGAUGGGAAGAAAGAUGCUCAUUCUAAAGGAAAGAAACAAUCAAGAGCAAUCCAACAUUCCAAAGGCAACCAAAUGUUAUCAGUGGAGGACAACUUCAAGACGGGAGUCAAUCUUCUUGAGGUUCUUAAACAUCUUCCCCUGUUGCACCUGUCAGCCAGCAACCGAGUGAAUUGCAUGCUGGGACUGGUGUCCUUGGAUACUAAGACUGUGACCUGUGUCGAGACGAUGACCUUGGCCGGGAGACAGCGGUCAUGUGACCUGGUAGAGCUCUCUACGGAGGUCAGAAGGUUACUGACGGCCAUCUUGAAAGGCGUCCAGCAGGGCGAUGAGGUGUUGAGGAACGAGGAGUUGAACACCUGGUUCUUCUCUUUCUUGUCGAAGCUUGGAAAUCUUCUCAGUCAGGAGGAUUCAAGACUCGCGACCACGCCGGAGUACAAGGAGGUUUCUAAAGGUCUGAUAUCGUUGUGGCUCAAGAAGGCAACCUGGUCAGGAGAUUCAGUGAUGAUGUUUCACAAGUAUCUUAAAUCGUUCCACCAACAUAUAGUAAAGUGCCUCCAAAAACUGAAGUCUUCUAAGAAACCAGCCUCAUUGCCAGGGGUUUCUACAGUGCUCUCUAUUGUAGUCACCCUCCUCAACCAAAUUGCCUUGGCUUGCAGGCAUAAAACAGCUGAUGCAGAGUCUAAGGAGCUACUUGUACUUACCAGUGAGGUCAGUUCCUCUGUGUUUCAACUUCUGGGGCAGAUUCUUGCACCUACAAGCAGACAAGACUCAAAUCAUCAGCUCACAGACGUGCUGAGGUCAGCAAGAACAUUGUUACUCAGCUUCGAGUCAACCCAGAAACUCAACCGCAGAGGCAAGGAGGAAGAAGACAACAAAGACAAGGAAGAAACAGACAAGAGCAGUAGUAGAGAUGGAUGUGGUCCAAACACCUCUCACAGUCCUCACUUCACCACCUGUUACCAGAGGGCGCUUUCCAUCUUCUCAGCAGAUCUAAAGACGGAUGACGACUCCGAUGAUGCGUUGGUAGGGUCGAGUAUGGAAUACCUUGAGUCUCACUGUAGCAUCAUCAGGGACCCUCUGGAAUCCAGGGCCGUGUGGAGCCAACUACAUACCAGUCUGGCCAAAGUCUCAAGUAAAUGCCACUCCUCCAUCAAAAAACAGCUAGAAGAUCUUCUCAUCAUCACACUGGGUGUCAUGGAAACGGAUGACCUAAACGCAGAGCUUCAACAGAUGCUGACUAGUAUGACAUUAGCCGAUGAGAGUGCUAAUAUGAUUGGUGUAUUACAAGCAUGGCAACUGCUGCCUAGUGCAAUGCUCUCCAAUGAAAGCUACAUGCUCGUCAUGGAGAUGGUUCCUCAGGUCAUGAAGAAAUGUCAAACGCUUCUUCAUGGAUCUGUUCAAAUGCAGCCUCUAGAGGGCACUCUUAUUGUUGCCAUCUUGACAACCGUCGCCAAAUUUGUCUCACAAGGCAAGGACUUGUUGUCUGCUGAGCAUGCGAUUCCCACAAUGCAUCUCUGUCUAAUGGUUCCAUGGGACGACAUCCCAGCAUCCCAUUUCCCAUCAUGCUUUGCAGCUGCUUUCCGCAUCCUGAACGACCUGAUGAUGUGCUACUCCGGGCCUGUUCUCAAAGCGGUGUCGGCCUACAUCAGCUGUGUCAACCGUUUAUUAUCUGCAUUGGUGGAGAGAUGUUCGCAGCAGACGACAGAGACAAUGAAAGUCACAGAUCAGCAACUCAUCACUUGUGCUGAGAACAUGCAGAGGUUGUUGUCUCUAAUAGCAUCAUUGAAGGGUGACAUAUCUCAGUAUGGGAUCUAUCUCAUAGCAGACUACAUCAGUGGAUUGCAGAAGACAACACUGCCCUCACAGGUCAAGACACCUCUAGUGGGCGGAGUCUACAAGAUAGUGGAUGUUUGCGAUGAAAAGACGCUCUCUCUUCUCAACGUCACCCUACCAGUCUCACUCAAGGAGAUAUUCCGUUCCUUCUACGUCGACUACAAGAAACAUCACAAGUACACUGGUCAUGUGUAACUCUCCCAAUAAUAAUAAUGAUAAUAUUGGGUUCUUGUAUAGCGCUCAUAUCUGUCAGACUUGACGCUCCUUGCUUUCCUGAUUAUUAUCCUGGCUUUUUAGCAUGACGCUCUAGCAAUUCAAGGAAUUAAUUCCUACCAGGUACCCAUUUACAUCACCUGGGUUGAGUGUGGCAAA